AUGUUGAAAAUACCGACAAAGGAGUAUGAUCGAGUUGAUACAGUGUUGAGUUUGUUUCAUAAAUUAGAACGAUUAUCAUUAAAUAUCGUGUGUGUCAAUCGUGAAAGUUUCAUUGAUGGGUACUGGCUUGACCAUAAUCGCAGCUUUUUAUCAAAACUUGAGAAUCUAAUUGAUUUUCGAUUUGAUAUAUUAUCAAUAACAUCACCUAAUUUUAUGAUUAAAACAAGCGACGAUGUUUUAUUAACAUUUCAGUCUGAUUACUGGCUAAAAAAAGGAUGGAGUAUUGGUUGUUUUGUUAAUAGAAUUGUUAUUGAUACGAUUGAAAAUAUUGCAUAUUAUUAUUGUUAUGUGUUUACCUUACCGUAUCAAUAUAAAAGAUUUGAAUGUGUUCCACAAGCAUUUCUAAAUUACAAAGAAAAUUCUUUUGCGAGACAAAUGGUACUUGACAAAUGGUCAAAUGUCCGAUAUUUAAUAUUGGACGACAGAAAUUAUGUUGCAUAUUCGAUCGAAUUUUUUCAGUUUAUUAAAGAGAAAUUUAUUCAUUUAAAAAUACUUUCAAUCGAUGACAGUUCUACAUUCGAACAACAAGUAAUCAGUGAUAGAUAA